CUGCCGAGAGGCGCACGGAGGCGGAGCCCCGGCCUCUGACGCCGCUUCCCAUGGCUGACAGCGCCGUGCGUUCUGCGGUGGGCCUCAGGCCCCGGGCUGCCCCUGCCUCCCGGAAGGCUACAGGUACUAAACAAACAAGUGCCUUGAGACACGAAGACGCUUCUAAAAGGAAAGCAGAACUAGAAGCAGCUGUGAAAAAGAAGAUUGAGUUUGAGAGAAAAGCUCUACAUAUUGUUGAACAACUAUUGGAAGAGAACAUUACAGAAGAAUUCCUACUGGAAUGUGGGAAGUUCAUCACACCUGCUCACUACAGCGAUGUUGUGGUUGAACGUUCAAUUAUCAAAUUCUGUGGUUAUCCUUUAUGUCAGAAGAAGCUGGGCAUCGUGCCAAAACAGAAAUAUAAAAUUUCUACCAAAACCAAUAAAGUCUAUGAUAUUACUGAAAGAAAGUCUUUUUGCAGCAAUUUUUGUUACAAAGCAUCUAAGUAUUUUGAAGCACAAAUUCCCAAAACUCCAGUAUGGGUUCGAGAAGAAGACAGACAACCUGAUUUUCAGCUGCUAAAGGAAGGACAAAGUGGUCAUUCUGGAGAAGAAGUACAAUUAUGCAGUAAAGCCAUUAAAACAUCAGAUAUUGAUAAUCCUGAUCAUUUUGAAAAGCAAUCUGAAUCUAGUUCUUCUAGCACUUGUAGUGAUAGUAGCAGCGAUAGUGAACAAGACUUCGUUUCCUCUAUUCUACCAGGAAACAGACCAAAUACAACGGGUACAGGGUCACAGCUGCGCAAGAGCAUAAUGAAAAAGAAAGCUGGUCAAAAAACUAAGUCCACACUCAAAGACAAAGAACAGACAGUAGUAGAAGUCACUGAGCAGCUAGGCAGUUGCAAAUUAGAUGAUCAGAAGAAAGCUGCUGCUUGUGAACUUCCCUUUCAGAAAGUAAAUACUCAGAUUUCUUCAAAAAGUCCACGUGAAAGAUUAAAAGCUUCAGGACAUUUUGAAAACAAAUGUAAUAUGUCAGAAAUAACUCUGGUAGGUAUAAGUAAGAAAAGUGCUGAGCAUUUUAAGAAGAAAUUUGCCAAAUCAAACCAAGUUUCCAGUUCAGGGCAGAUGUGUCCUGAAGUUGCAAAGACAAACUUACUUAAAGUUCUAAGGGAGACUUUGAUUGAAUGGAAGACAGAAGAAACCUUGAGGUUUUUGUAUGGCCAAAAGUACGCUUCCAUAUUUCUGAAAUCAUCUUCAGUCUGUCCAGCUAAUGAAGAACUUGAUGAAGAUGACAUAAACUCCGAUUCAGAUAAUCACUCCCUUGCCUUCAGGGGACCUCAGAAUAGCCUGGAUGAGUCUUUACCUUUCAGAGGCUCAGAUACAGCCAUUAAGACCCUACCAAGUUAUGAGUCUUUGAAAAAAGAAACUGAAACAUUCAAUCUGAGGAUCAGGGAAUUUUAUCGAGGACAGUAUGUUUUGAAUGAAGACAUUACCAAAUCACAAGACUCAGAAGAGCAUGACCCCACCUUUCCACUGAUAGAUUCAAGUUCCCAGAAUCAGAUUAGAAAACGCAUCGUACUUGAAAAAUUGAGUAAAGUAUUGCCUGGACUUUUGGGUCCUCUUCAGAUUACCUUAGGAGAUAUUUACACUCAACUUAAAAAUCUCGUCCGAACUUUCAGUUGCACAAUUCAUUCUAUGAUUCUGGUUGCAACUGAAUUACAAGCAUAUAUUAGAAUUAAGUUACUGAACCAAGGUACCACUGUAUAUCAGAUGACCACCACUGUUCUAGGCAGUAUGGUAAUAGAAAGGAAGCAUAAUGCCAACUCAAGGAAGAACUCUCCUGUGAGAGGAUUAACAAAUAGAAAUAUUAUACACAAUCCUGUGGAGUGGACUUUAAUUGCAAUGGUGUUGCUGUCAUUGUCAGUGGUGGUGUUCCACCUGCCAAAGGAAGAAACAGACUCUAAAAGACAACCACCUUGCCCAAGCUUGUCACAGCCGAGAUUGGUCUCAGGAGUAUCUGACAUCAACAUGGGUCCUCACUGCACAGAGUGCCUCAGAAAGGAACACAUAACUAGUAUGCUGUUGAGGUGGUUUUGGUUCAAGAAAGAGGUGGUGAUUGCCUUUUUGAGGAUGAGGUGGGGGUCCUUUUAAGGAUUGAGGACUGAAAAAAAGCUGUAGUUUUGGCAGUUAAGCUGUUGUGUGUAACCUUCAAAACAAGCAAUUUCCAUUGAAUGAUAGGCAUUGAAACCAGAUUACACAGGUUGCUAUGAUACACAGGUAUUGAGAUACUAGACAUUGCAAUGGUUGACCACUCUGUUCAUCUGGUUGGUAGAAGAGAAAAUGAUUAUAAUCUGGUAGGACAUGGUAAAUCUUCAGAAGAUUUCUCAGGAUAAUUGAGACUGAAGCAUGUUGGUAUCAGAGGGAAAGGAGACACUAAACAGCAUUAGAAAAAGAAAAGACGGAAGGUACCUGUAGAAUGCAGCCCAUGAAGAGACUGGCAGUGUCAAAGACAUCGGCCUCUUUUUUCCCCUAGCCCGUUUUGCCCACCUUCCUUUUCCGCCGUGUUCUUUUCCCUUCCUGCACUGUUUCUUUCACAUGCUUCUCUAUCCUUACUUUGAAUGUCAGUAUGGUAACAUUUGCUUCCUGAUCUUAGUAUUUUAAAACAUGAGUGAACUAGGGCUUACACUAUAAGUAGGCAGUAGAGCUCUUGCCUAGUAUGCACCAGGGCCUGGAUUAAAUCGCCAGCACUGAGAAAAGAAAGGGGGUAAAGUGUGCUUCUUUUUCCAAAACUUGUAUUAUCAUUUUCAUUAGUGGCUGUGUUUGAUUCUUGCCUCCUCCACCACAUAAUCUCCAUGUAGUCAAGGCCAUUAUCUGGGUUACUUUUGUCUCACAGUGCCAUGCCCUCAGUAAUGGUAACUAUUCACAGAAUAAAUCAAAUAAGUAAGUAGGUGGGGGAAACUUGGAUACAUUACUGUUGAUAUUACAGACUUCAACAUAGAUUUCAUAAUACUGAUGGACAACAUGGGAGAAAAACAAAAAUAGUUGGUUACUAUUAUAAAUGAAAGGCUUUUAUUACAGAA